UCUCCAGGUAAUUCGAUUUCCAUCUCUCCAACCCCUGUUUUUUGUAACACCUCUCCAAUUCCCAUUUCUUUUGAAUACCUCAUCUUUUGAAACCCUGUAACAAAAGACCCCCUUCAAGUUUCCCUUCUUUUAUCUGAUUUCCCAAUUAAACCUUGGCAUCCAAAAAGUGAUGGAACCCAAACGCCUUGUUUUGGGGGGUAAAAGAAGCUCCAAGUUUCGUGGAGCAUUUCAUUCUAUUUGUGCCUUGGUGUUACUUUUCUUGUUCUACAAUCAUGAAAAUGUUCUAGGAAAGUCAUUUUCUAUUAAACCCAGAGUUGGGUUUGUUGAUCAUGUUAGAGUUAUCCAUAGAAGAAUUAUAGAAACUAAUGAUACCAAUGUCAAAGUUGAUGACUUGGCUGCAAAUAAUUUGACAGCUAGCGAUCCCAAAUUUUGCUCUGGAUUGUUUGAACACAAGGGUUAUCCAACCCGAUGUGAGUACUUGGUUGCCCACCCGGAGUGUACUGCUGGUGGGUUUUUCAACUAUAUUAAGUUCUUGUAUUGUGGUUGUGAGAAAUUUAGCUUUUUGGGAUUUGCUGUGUUGACUCUAUGGUUGGUUGCAUUGUUUUAUUUAUUGGGAAACACUGCAGCCGAUUACUUCUGUUGUUCUUUGGAAAAGCUUUCGAGUUUAUUGAAAAUGUCACCUACUGUCGCUGGGGUUACUUUGUUGCCAUUAGGGAAUGGAGCUCCUGAUGUAUUUGCUAGCGUUGCUGCUUUUGUGGGGAGGGAUGCAGGUGAGGUGGGUAUUAAUAGUGUGUUGGGAGGAGCUGUUUUUGUUACUUGUGUUGUUGUUGGGAUUGUUUCUCUUUGUAUAACUGAGAAAAGGGUUCAGAUUGAUAGGAAUUCCUUUGUUAGGGAUAUAGGCUUCUUUCUGUUUAGUUUAAUAUGGCUUUUUCUGUUUUUAACUGUUGGAGAGGUGACUGUUGGAACUGCACUGCUAUUUGUUUUACUUUAUGUGAUUUAUGUACUUGCGGUUGCUCUCAAUGAGAUUGCUAGGACAAAUGUUCGGGUGUUAAAAUUGGGUUAUCUAACACCAUUGCUACCUGUUAAAGGGGGUACAUUUUCUAAUGGAAAUGAAGAGGGGGAUUCUAUCUAUGCCUCACUGCUUGCAUCUGACUCGAAAAGUGAUGUACCAUGUCUUGAAAAUAGUUUACCUCACUGGAUGUGGGCUUCUCAGGUGGCAAUUUAUUCGAGUGAGUCUAUAGACAGUACAAAAUCUAUAUGGGGUUGGAAUGAUGAGGAAACACUGAAAGAUCAGUCUUCCUUUCCUUGUUCUAAAUUCCUUUCAUUUCUGGAGUUGCCAUUGGCACUUCCCCGACGGUUGACAAUUCCGAUUGUUGAAGAGGAGAGAUGGUCAAAGGGGUAUGCUGUGGCUAGUGCUACAUUGGCACCGAUUCUUCUGGCUUUUUUGUGGAAUAUUAAAGAUGAUGCAGGUCGUUUGAGUAAGGAAAUUAUAUACUUUAUUGGUGUUACCUUUGGUGGUAUACUUGGUGUUCCUGCAUACCUGUACACCACAUCUGAUCAGCCACCUCUCCAGUUUUUGCUUCCAUGGGUUGUUGGAGGAUUUUUUAUGAGUAUUGUUUGGUUUUAUAUUAUCGCAAAUGAGCUUGUUGCUUUGUUGAUGGCAUUUGGUGUGAUCUUUGGGAUUAACCCGUCAAUCCUUGGUCUGACCGUAUUGGCAUGGGGCAACUCGAUGGGUGAUUUGAUGUCGAAUGUUGCACUGGCAAUGAAUGGUGGGGAUAGUGUACAGAUUGCCAUGUCAGGAUGCUAUGCAGGACCUAUGUUCAAUACCCUUGCUGGUUUAGGGAUCUCAUUGGUGCUUGGUGCUUGGUACAAGAAACCUGCUCCAUACAUAGUUCCAAGAGAUAGUAGCUUGUUUUGUACAAUGGGAUUUCUAGCUAUAGGGCUUCUUUGGUCCUUCAUUGUGUUGCCCCAGAAUGAUAUGCGCCCAAACAAGACACUGGGGGUUGGCCUUAUAGCGAUCUACUUGACAUUUCUGGUUGUUCGGGUGAGCACAUCCAUGGGUGUUCUAUCAGUAGGUUUAGGUUGAGCCUGACAACGGAGUUCAGUCUCCUGGUGGUUAGCACAUUCCAUUCUAAAGAAUGAGCAAAGAGAUAGGAGGAUAAGUUUUACUUAGAUUCUUGUAUAGCAUUGGGUUGGAAUAGUCAUGUAAAUUGUACUUGUCAAUCUUCUACAUUAACAGCAAGUCUAUAACAAUAGUUGCAAAGCAGCAUAUGUGUGCCCUCUGACUUGAUUUAAUUAUUUGUGUUACUGACUG